GGGAAGCCUAUAUGAGAAUGAGCCGGCUGCCAGAAGCAGAGCGCUGGUACAUGGAGUCACUGCGAUCCAAGAGCGACCACAUCCCAGCCCAUCUCACCUAUGGAAAACUGCUGGCUCUGACGGGACGCAAGAGUGAGGCAGAAAAGUACUUCGUGAAGGCUAUUCAGCUGGAUCCUACCAAAGGAAACUGCUACAUGCAUUAUGGUCAGUUCCUCCUAGAAGAAUCCCGCCUGAUAGAAGCAGCUGAGAUGGCAAAAAAAGCAGCUGAACUUGAUAAUACAGAAUUUGAUGUUGUUUUCAAUGCGGCCCAUAUGCUCAGACAAGCCAGUCUCAAUGAAGAAGCUGAGAAGUAUUAUGAAAUGGCAGCAGGAUUAAGACCUAAUUAUCCAGCUGCCCUAAUGAAUCUUGGAGCCAUUCUCCAUCUGAAUGGUAAACUGAAAGAGGCUGAAGAAAACUACCUCCUUGCUCUUCAACUUAAACCUGAUGAUGUCAUCACUCAGUCCAAUCUUCGCAAAUUAUGGAAUAUCAUGGAGAAACAAGGUUUGGAGUGCUGGGAUUGGUGGGUGUUCCCGCAGGGUGGUGGGACAAACCCUGGCUGGCAAGACCCUCCUCUGUGCACCCCCAACCAUGGAAUGGGAGGACUCAGCCAGGAAGGGGCAGCCCUUGGCUCUGCUAUUGCUGUGGUGUCUCUGAGCCCCAGCAGUGAGACCUCCAGGAGCGGGGGAUGCUCUCAUGGCCCUUAUGAUAGACCG